UAAAAUAGUUAAGCAACAUCUCAACAGUGCAGAUCUACUGCAAGAUAUAUACUGUUCCAUUCAAUCCUUUCACAGUGCAGCCUACUAUAAAGUAUUCUAAGUCCCAUCAAAAAGAGGAACUAUGUCAUGCAACUCGACAUGUCAGGAUGAGGCAGUUUACCGGUGCCAGAAUCAGACAAACCCUGCUUUUGUUGCCAUGUAUAGUGUGGUCUGUAUAAUUGGGAUUCCUCUUAACUUAAUGGCCCUUGUAGUUUUUUUUUGUUGCAUUAAAUCACGCUCACACACCAUUGUAUACAUGACCAACCUCGCAUUAGCAGAUCUCCUUCUGGUUUGUACUCUACCAAUACGGAUCUAUUAUCACUUGGGAAUUGGAGAAUUAUCACAAAAGACCUGUGAAGUUGCUGGUCUAUUACUUUUAGCCAACAUGUACGGAAGCAUCUUGCUGCUUACAUGUAUAAGCAUUGACCGUUGCCUGGCUGUCUGCUUUCCGAUGUCAUCCCGAGUGCGUGAAGGCCGCAAAAAAGCACCACUAAUAUGUCUGGGGAUUUGGCUUCUAACAAUAGGAGCCAGCCUGCCGCCUUACAUAAUAAAUUCUAAUAAAAAUGACACCUCUAAAACCUGUUUCAGAAAAAUCCCAACAUAUGCCGUUAAGCCAGUUACACUUGCCUCCACACUGACGAUAGGAUUUGGGAUACCACUGAUCAUCCUGCUUUUGUGUUCAUGGGGAUUAGUACAUGCUGUCAGCAAAAGCACUGCAGCCAAGAUGUCUGGUAUUGUUGACAGCUGCAAGAUCCAGAGGAUGGUAAUCGUUAACCUGGCCAUAUUUCUCUGCUGUUUUCUGCCCUACCAUGUCAUGUUGGUGGUGAUUUACAUCAACAAUGAUCAAAUGACAUGUUCUGUGAUGUCUGCCUACUACAAUGCUUUGAUGGUAACUUGUCUGAAUACCAUUCUGGACCCACUGGCUUACUAUUUGACCGCGGAGACUUUCCGCAAAAAUAUUGAAAUCGAUACAGUUCGGAAAAUGUUACCUAUGAACAAUUUGAGCUCCGAUGGAAACACACGCUCAAAGCCGCUUGUCAGUACUUAAAGGCCAAAACUUGUAAGUACUGGAAAUAAUCAUAGACAGACAUCUGUAUCAUAAAAACAAUCAUUAUGGAAACACAUUGUCUUCUCAACAGGACCUUACUAACUGCACCCCAUGGGAGAUGAGAAAGUCAUCUUAAAUGCUAGAACAACAAAACAGACCUGAGAAUAUCAUAUGGAGAUGAAAUGAAUCAUAUACAAAUCUGAAAAAUGACUCAAUUAAAAGCAAAAAUAUUAUAAUGUUCAUUUUAAAAAACUUAGCAUGUA